AUGUUAUCAUUUGACAGUCCACCUUAUCCUUAUCGUCAAAUAACUAAUUCAGUAUCUUCAAAUAAUAAUCGAUGUAUUUCAAAUUGUUUUCAUUCGAUAAAAAAACCAAUUUUAAUCAUCUUCUUAUCUUUAAUUUUAAUUUUAAUUUUAUUAAUUAUCAUCACAAAAAUUUAUUUAUCAACAAAGAUAAAUGACAAACAAGAAAAUCAUGAUCAUUCUUCUAUUAUACAUCAGAUUUCAUCAAUAACAGAAACAGUAGGUAAGAUAAUAUUCAUUUUGAUAGAUUUUGUUUUUCUAGCAAGAAAAUAAAAUUAAAAAAAUCAUUAUUCCGAAAUCAUAACAAAUGUUUAUGCAAUUAAUUCCAGUUUCUUAUGUAAAUAUCUAGUAUUUACCGUGCCACGACAUUUUCGCGCACGACACUUCCGUGGACGACAAUUCCGCGCUAAAUGAAGUUUUCUGUUUUUCCUGCAUUAGGUUAAUGCAUCUUCUAAACUUCCAUGAAUAGAUCUGUGAGUCUGGGCUCCAGCGCGGAAUGGGUGUGCAUGCGAACCAUGCGUAGGGCAAUUCAGUAGAAGUUCGGAACUGAUGAACAGCUUGUAAAAAUGAUCUGAUCUGAUCUUUUUCUACUGUUCAGCUCAGAUGAAAUGAACUGUUCGAAGAGUUCUUCCGACCUUAGGGAAACUGCUCAAGCAGUUCUGUUCAAAUCGACACCUCACUGAGGAAGUCCUCUGAUGCAGGGUGUGGAUGUGUGGGUGAGAGUGGGUGUGAGUGUGGGUGUGGGUAUGUGGGUGGGUGUGGGGGUGUGGGUGUGGAUGGGUGUGGGUGUGGGUGUGGGUGUGGAUGAGUGUGGGUGUGGGGUGUGGGUGUAGGUGACUCUUCGCAGAAGAAUAGAUAUCCACAACACACACCCACCCCACCCCAUACCCACACCUACACCCACGCCUACACCCACACCACCCACACCCACACUCACCCACACCCACACUCACCCACGCCAACAUCCACACUCGCACCCACCCACACC